AUGUCACUUAGAUUGCCACAAAAUCCCAACGCGGGAUUGUUUAAACAAGGCUACAAUAGUUACUCUAACGCCGAUGGCCAAAUUAUUAAAUCAAUUGCGGCCAUUCGCGAAUUACAUCAAAUGUGUUUGACUUCUAUGGGACCCUGUGGUAGAAACAAGAUCAUUGUUAACCAUCUCGGUAAAAUCAUUAUUACCAACGACGCGGCCACCAUGCUAAGAGAACUAGAUAUUGUCCAUCCUGCAGUGAAAGUCCUCGUAAUGGCGACUGAACAACAGAAGAUCGACAUGGGAGACGGUACAAAUUUAGUCAUGAUUUUGGCUGGCGAACUAUUAAAUGUGUCCGAAAAACUGAUUUCAAUGGGCUUGUCUGCCGUUGAGAUUAUUCAAGGUUAUAAUAUGGCAAGGAAGUUUACUUUGAAAGAACUAGACGAAAUGGUUGUUGGUGAAAUUACUGACAAGAAUGAUAAAAACGAACUUUUGAAAAUGAUUAAACCAGUCAUCUCCUCCAAAAAGUACGGAUCUGAAGACAUAUUGAGUGAACUUGUUUCUGAAGCUGUAUCUCACGUUUUACCAGUUGCUCAGCAAGCUGGAGAAAUUCCUUAUUUUAAUGUUGAUUCUAUCAGAGUAGUAAAGAUUAUGGGUGGAUCGCUUUCCAAUUCUACCGUCAUCAAAGGUAUGGUUUUCAAUCGUGAGCCUGAAGGCCAUGUAAAAUCAUUAUCCGAAGAUAAAAAGCAUAAAGUUGCAGUUUUCACUUGUCCGCUUGACAUAGCCAAUACUGAAACGAAAGGCACUGUUUUAUUACAUAAUGCACAAGAAAUGCUCGAUUUUUCUAAGGGCGAGGAAAAGCAAAUAGAUGCCAUGAUGAAAGAGAUUGCCGACAUGGGCGUAGAAUGCAUUGUUGCAGGUGCUGGUGUUGGUGAAUUGGCGUUACAUUAUUUGAAUAGAUACGGUAUACUAGUCUUGAAGGUACCAAGCAAAUUCGAAUUAAGAAGAUUAUGUCGCGUUUGUGGGGCCACUCCAUUGCCUAGAUUAGGUGCGCCAACUCCAGAAGAAUUAGGUUUAGUGGAAACUGUUAAGACAAUGGAGAUAGGUGGUGAUAGAGUAACUGUGUUCAAACAAGAGCAAGGUGAAAUUUCAAGAACAUCUACUAUCAUUUUAAGAGGUGCCACACAGAAUAAUUUGGAUGAUAUUGAAAGAGCCAUUGAUGAUGGUGUUGCAGCCGUCAAGGGACUAAUGAAGCCAUCAGGCGGUAAGUUGUUGCCUGGUGCUGGUGCUACCGAAAUUGAAUUGAUUUCUAGGAUAACUAAGUAUGGUGAACGAACACCUGGAUUGCUACAGUUAGCUAUAAAACAGUUUGCCGUGGCUUUUGAAGUGGUUCCUCGUACCCUAGCGGAGACCGCUGGUCUUGAUGUUAAUGAGGUACUACCAAACUUAUACGCUGCACAUAACGUAACUGAACCUGGUGCAGUUAAGACAGAUCAUUUAUAUAAAGGUGUGGAUAUUGAUGGCGAAUCUGAUGAAGGUGUAAAGGACAUCAGAGAGGAAAAUAUUUAUGACAUGCUUGCAACGAAAAAGUUUGCUAUUAACGUCGCUACAGAAGCUGCAACUACUGUGCUUUCCAUUGACCAAAUUAUCAUGGCAAAGAAGGCGGGUGGUCCAAGAGCACCUCAAGGCCCAAGGCCAGGUAACUGGGACCAAGAAGACUGA